AUAUGCUACGUAUUGAAAUGUUAAAAUACUGACAACAUGCUGUGGCUUAUUUUUGUCAUUUGUACUGCGGUCUCCAUUCAUAUAUUUCUGCAUGGCAUUAUGUUAUAAAGAACUUUCUGGUCCGGACCUGUUGAAUGUUCGCCACCGCGUAAAGACAAACAAGCUGUGUUGCGUGCGACGUCUUUUUUAGAUGGAUGGACUGAAUCCGAAUUUAAUUUGCGAAACGUAUGAUAUUCUCUCAGGUUGUCAUGGAAAUGGGAUGCCUCUUCCUCACCCUGGUGAAUCCGCUGUGAGCUCGCGCGGGGCCGGUAGGGAGUCUCGUGAGAUGCGCCUAGUGCUCCGCGUUUCUCAAAAGCGUGACUGUGUGCGAAAGUUUGUUUAUUCUUUUGUAGCAGUAUCUGCGUUAAGAAUACUUUCAGUAAUUUCGUCUAUAGCAACAUCAAUAUUACUUUUUCACGAUUCAGUUAGAUGACAACACGAGCUUCAUUCAUUCUGUCUUGAAGGACUACAGUCGAACAUACACUUUGGAAUACACAUUUGCACAGUAAUCAAAUAUAAAUGUCGAGUUAACUCAAAUUUAUUUUCAUAUUAACCACUCUGACUCUUGUUGUCGCCAGUGUUCUUAUGAGAAGCUAAAUAUUAUCAUAUUUAUAGCGUCAGGGAAGCAAGUGUGUUCCUGCUAUUAGAAGACUAAUUUCUGAACAGACAACAAUAAAAACUCAAUCGAUGUGUUUGAGUAUACUGUGAGUAACUGUAUGGUGUUUUCAUUCUUGUUAAUGUUAUGAAGUGACACCGAUACACCCAUAAGCAACGCGCUCCUGGUGUGCUUUAAAAGGUAUUUUCUUUCACUAUAGUUUAUGGUGUGAAUUUCAGGUCAGCAAGAAUCAAAAAUCAAUGACAAUGUAAAGAUUAUAUAACCAGUCUGAUUAUUUCAUAGGCGUCAUGUCAGGACAGAACCGUCUCUAAUAAGAGUAUGAUACGACAAUAUAUUGAUCAGCGCAACCAUCCAAGUAAGUUGUUAUACUAAAGUUUUAUUGCCGUGCACGCGAGAUCGGGUCAGUGAGUACAGAGCCUAUCUCUUUCCCUAAGGUCCCUGUCCCCGUCGGGUGUCAAAUCCCGUUCUCCAAGCUAAUUUACUGUACUUGUAUUUUUCCAUCCCUUUAUCUCCACUCUCUCCCUUUGUGUGUUUACUGGAAAGCCUCUAUCUCGCGCGCUUAUUGAACGCAGAACGGAGCGCCUCUACAAAGCGCGUGCUUCAGAGCUCUCUCGCGGUUCUCUAGGUUACCGGGGCACAAGCGGACCCGGCGGCUCCAUGCGUACACACUGAAACGCGCUCUGUCAAAAUCACACAUAACCUCAGAAAGACAAAUGGCUGUACUGGGAAAAAACAACAACAACAUGAACAUAAAGCUAUUAAAAAGCCUGCUGCUUCGUAGUAGCAUGUGUGUGAAGUGAAAAAGCUUAAUUAUAAGGCCAUUCAAAAUUCUCUUUUUUCUCGCCUGUGUUUCUAUGUCCAUAUUACAGCUGUCAAUUAAAUCAAAAAUUAAUGUAUGUAGUCUAUAUAUAUGCAGACCAUGAAACUUUCUGGGAUUCGUUUUUAGUAGUUUGAGGAUCGAGAAAGUGCUCAAUACCUAGUGUCAAGGGCUGGCUUCAUGUGAGCGCGCCUCUGUCAGGGAGGGGGCGCUAGUCGCUUUUAAAAACUCCUCGGUGGCGAGUUUGGGUUUAUUUAACCGAAGAAGGGGAUAGUCGGACUUCGCUCAGUGCCCAGACACCGGUUCGGCAGAGCGCCUGCAGCCCAGGUCUGAGUCCCGGCUACCGGAUACUUCACCCGCCGCGUGUGCUAAAGCAGCUCCGAACCCCAGACGCGUGCAGCCUCCACUCGAGAAACCGACCACGAUUCAGCGAGCAAAAGGCCAAUCAGAUCUAUGGCACUCUGACAAUGAACAAGCGAUCACAGUUAUUGGAACAGCUGCAUUUUGUCCAUCUAAAAUGCACACCUCGAGUAGAAAUGCCCUGCGUUCAGGCCCAGUACGGCCCUGCACCUCAUGGGUCCAGCUACUCCGCCCAGUCCUUUGGUUACCAUGGUGACUACAGUGCUGACCUCAUGGCGACAGACUACACAAAGUGUGAGCUUGGUGGGGGGGAGAUCUCUGCGGCGGCUGCCACCACUUCCCUACCCAGUUUUAAUGUGUUUGUAGAGGGUGGCUUUGAGCCGAAACCCUCCUGUCUGUAUCAACUCCCUCCUCAACGCCCUAUCAAGAAGGAGGAGGAGACUUACCCCACCAUGGCUCCAUCCGAUGAAGCAACAGCUGGGAGUUCCAUGUACUUUAAGCAGUCACCCCCUUCAACGCCCCCCACACCGCUUCACUCAGGCCCACCCAGCAGCUCUUUCUUGUGGGAUGAACACAGUCUUCCCCCUGUGCCCCAGCCCUGCCUGAUUGAAGGCCCACUGAAGAGUCCUCGCUUCCCUCAUUUCUACGAGCAGACGGCACCACCCUCCACCAGCGGCUACGACAACACCAUCGGCCUUCCGCUGCGACCUGAACGCUCUCCUUCCUCAUCCUCUUCAUCUACACAUGUGCCACCCAGCCUGGACACGCACACACACUCACAUGUGCACUCCCAUACGCACUCACACAUGUACCCCCUGAACAUUGGUAAGCCGGGAGGCCUGGCGUUCCGCUCUCUAGGCAUGGGCCCUUGCCCGCAGCUUCUGGGAGAGAGUUUGCCAUCACCGCCUGGUCGCACCAGCUCUGGAGAGGGUACCUGUGCUGUGUGUGGAGACAAUGCGGCCUGUCAGCACUACGGUGUGCGCACCUGUGAGGGCUGCAAAGGCUUCUUUAAGAGGACGGUGCAGAAGAAUGCGAAGUACGUGUGUUUGGCAAGUAAAAACUGCCCUGUGGACAAAAGGAGAAGAAAUCGCUGCCAAUACUGCCGCUUCCAGAAGUGUCUCAGUGUAGGCAUGGUGAAAGAAGUGGUGCGCACAGACAACCUGAAGGGGAGGAGAGGUCGCUUGCCGUCUAAACCAAAGAGUCCCCUGCAGCCAGAGCCCUCGCCCCCAUCACCUCCCCUCAGCCUGCUGAACGCACUAGUGCGGGCCUAUUCCCAGUCUACACCACGAGAACUAGACUACAGUCAGUUCAGUGCUGUGGAGCCAGUGGGUCUAUCUGAGUCUCAGCAGAUCCAGAUGUUCUACAGAGUGCUAACCGGCUCCAUGGAGGUGACGCGCUGCUGGGCUGAACGGUUGCCUGGAUUCUCUGAGCUUCACCACGAUGACCAGAACCUGCUCAUUGACUCUGCCUUCCUUGAGCUUUUUGUGCUUCGCCUCGCCAACAGGUCUUUGCUGGCGGAUGAGAAGUUCGUGUUUUGCACAGGCCUGGUCCUUCAUCGGCUGCAGUGCCUGCGCGGCUUCGGCGAGUGGUUGGACUCCAUCCGAGACUUCAGCACUCACCUGCAGAGUCUCAACCUUGACAUGCCUGCGUUCUCCUGCUUGUGCGCCCUUGUGCUGCUCACAGAACAAUGUCCCGGUCUGAAGGAGGCUAAAAAAGUGGAGGAACUGCAAUCCAAAAUAAUCUGCUGCCUGCGAGAUCAUCUGAGCUCAGGAGGCGCAGGAGGCGUGGCUUCAACUGGCGAGGCCCCACCCCCAGUGGGAGCUGUGCUGAGUUUGAGGACGGAGCUUCGAACUCAGCGUACACAAGGCUUACAGAGGAUCUUCUACCUGAAGCUUGAGGACCUGGUCCCGCCCCCACCGCUCAUCGAUAGGUUUCUGGACACCUUGCCCUAUUGAUGACCACGCCCCUUUUUGCACACCACUGACACGCCCACAAGUUUACUCAGACACGCCCACAGCGGCUUUAAACUCACCCUGGGAGGAACAGAGCCAGUAACUUACAGUGACACUGAACUCGAUUUCCCAUGAGUCCCCAAAUCCUCACAGGAAACAAAUGUGUCUGAGGAGAAACCAAUCAUAUAAGCGCUUUUAAUCUCUGCUCUGCGCCUGAAAGUGUAAAUACGAGGAGGGGUUUGAGCAUAUCUGACGUAAAGCGCAGUGGAAACGAGCGUGAUGCCUAUAGCUCAGCGUGCCACGUUAGGAGAAGUAUUACAGUGCGAUAAUAUGUGUGUGUGUGUGUGUGUGUGUGAGUACGCACACCUAAUGGCUCCUUUGCAGGCGGUCCAAAAGUUCCACCACAAUCCACCUCAGUGACAGCAGUUGUGUUCAUCACAAACAUACAGUCACAAACACACAAGUGCACGCAAACUGUCCUUUCACACAUACGCACAGAUCCAAAACGCCAGCUUCAGAUGCCAGAUUAUGACAUAUCAACUGUCGUUGGCAGAAACGAAGUGGAUGUGUGUGUGAAAACAUGUAGGAGUGUCUCUGAGGGAGGCUUUCGCCACACAGACAGAACGACAGAGUGCAUUAAUGUCCAGAAUCACAGUUGAUCACACCCCAGAAACCUGCAAACAAGUGCAAUUUACUAAGUGCUAUUGUAAACGAAGAGAGAGAGGAGAGAACGAGAGUGUGUGUGUUUGUUCCAGUCCUAUUUCAAACUCUAAAUUAUUUUAAUACUAAGACUCGCCUUGUAAGGUAACGGUUUCAAUUGAAAUGAUUUAGCCCGGUCUGCGCACUAACUUUUUAAUGACGAAGUUCCACAGACUUGAAAUUACUGUAGUUUUUAUUAUUAUUAUUAUUAUUAUGAAUAAAAACAAGGGAUUUUAGUGGUAGGAUUACAGACUAAAAAGACUAGAAUUGGCGUUGAGCACUUAAAAAAACAGGAAGAGGAUUAGGAGAAUAAGGCAGGUGAGAUGCAGGUGCAGAGAGAGGAUGGAAGGAAUGAAACAUUCCGUGUUCAUGCUCAUUUUUGUAUGUUUAUACUGUCUACGCCAUUUAUUAAUAUGGAGGACAUUGUUGCAAAAAAUGUCUUUUAUAUGUACAAAAAAAAGUAAAAAUGGAUUAUAUGCAUGGUUUUUUCCUUCUCGCCUCUGCUUGUAUUUAUUUUGCAAAGACUGCUGGCUCCACAAGGGCUUGAACACACUUACCGACUGGGCGUUCUCGCUUACUUUAUCAUACCGCAGCAGUUUGAACAGAUGAGGAAGUACAAAUUAUAUAAAUAUAUAAAUAUAUAUAUAUAUAUAUAUAUAUAUAUAUAUAUAUAUACUAUACAAAACUAAUAUUUUGAAGUGUUUUUAUCUGAUAGCUUUUUCAAAUCUUGUGGUACAAGUUGUGCAUUGUUUUUUUUGAGAAGAAACAAAAAAAGAAAGAAAAAAACAUGUUUUUCAAUGUCUCUUUUGGUUUGUUUAGUUUUUUUUCUCUUUGAUUCACUGGAGGCUUUGUUCAGCACUUUGAAAUCAUAAAAAAACCCUUCUGAUUA